AUGAAUACUUUGAUCUCUCUAUCAUCUUCAAUUCUUCUCCAUAUUGCUUUCUUCUGCCUCAUCCUCCUUCCAUCAAUGCAAUUAUCUGCUAUAAACGAUGGAAAUUUGAUAAAGCAAACAUGCAAAAAUACACCAUACUUCCAAGUCUGCUAUAAUUCACUAUCUUCUGACCCUCAUAGCUCCAAAGCAGAUGCUCCAGGGCUAGCCCUUAUAGCUGUUAAUAAGAUUAGCGAAAAUGCAACUUCUAUUCUGCAUUACAUCAAGGCUGUGUACAUAGAAACCAGAGAUUUGGCAGUGAAAACCGCCUUACAUGGUUGCAAUGAAGUGUACAAUACUGUUGUGAAUAUUCUCAUACCAGAAGCCAAUGAAGAAUUAACCAAAGGAAAUUAUAAAUUUGCUACUGAUGGUAUUACAAAUACAGGUAGGGAGGCCCAGAAAUGUGAAAACUAUUUCGAAAAACCUCAGAAGCUCAACAUUAAGUGA